UUGUUUUGAUUUUUAAAUAUAUAUACUCAGUCGAUAAGAUAGUUUCGCGGUGUGUUUUAAAAAUAAAAAUUUUAAGGAUCAAAAUUGAUGGGCAGUUGAUAAUAUUAUAAAAAUUUAAUUAUUUAAAUUUAAAUAAACAAGUAGUUAGUUAGAAAAUAUUAAUUGUUGAAUUAAUAAUUAAAAUCGUGAGUUACUCGAAGGAAACUUCGGGGCGUCGAAACGCCGAUGGGAUGCAUCUACCGGUGGAUUCGGUUGGUUGUGGGGAGAAUUAUGAUUCAGUUGGUUCCCAUGAGGGUGCCGGUCUUAUAGGUUCAUCUUUGGGAACACUACGUAGUGUUGAUACAAGAUAUACUGGUGAAGAAGAAGACGACGACGAGAGUGGUGGUGCCAGUAUCGGAGGUACAGGAGGCGAAAUGAGUGAGGGUGCUGCCGUCGGUGAGCUUUGGUGGACCGAAAGACUUGUUGGUGAAGCUCAAGCUGAACAUCCUGGUGAACUUGUCAGAACUGGUUCCCCAUAUUUUUUAUGCAGCCAAUUACCAACACAUUGGCGAUCAAAUAAAACACUUCCUGUUGCAUUUAAAGUUGUUGCUUUGGGUGAUGUUGGUGAUGGUACAUUGGUAACUGUACGUGCUGGUAAUGAUGAAAAUUGUUGUGCUGAAUUAAGAAAUUCAACAGCUCUAAUGAAAAAUCAAGUUGCAAAAUUUAAUGAUUUGAGAUUCGUUGGUAGAAGUGGUAGAGGAAAAAGCUUUAGCAUCACAAUAACUGUUUCAACAUCACCACCUCAAAUAGCGACCUACACAAGAGCCAUCAAAGUUACAGUUGAUGGUCCAAGAGAGCCACGAUCAAAAACACGACAACAACAUCAACAAUUUCGUGCACUUGGUCUUGGACAAAGACCAUUUUUGGAUACACCAUCAUCAUUUACAUCUCAUCUACGUGAAUUGGAAUCAUACAGAAGAAACAAGCAUCAUCAUCAUCAUCAUCUUCAUCAAACCAGCCAUUUACAUAAUCAACAAAAUAAUGGAAAUAAUAAUAACAACAAUAAUAAUUUAACCAACAAUAACAACAACAACAACAACAAUAGCAAUAAUAACAAUAAUAAUACAACAUCUAAUAAUUGUACGAGUAAUCAAAAUAAUGUUGAUCAAAGUUCAUCACCAAAUUCAACAACUCAUCUUGGAACAACAACGACAAAUCAUCAGGAUUGUUUCAAACAUAGUCCACACAACGAUAAUGCAGCAAGUACAGCUGAAUGGUCGUAUCCAUCAGCAGUACCAUCUUAUCCAGCUCCAUCAGGUAGUGAUGGUGGUUCAUAUUCACCAUUACCAGGUGGUGCAUUUGCAACAUAUCCUGGUGAAUCGUUAUCUCAUCAUCCAACAACAGAACCAGUUCCUCUUUCAGCUGUUUUACCAACUGAUCCAAAUCAAGAUGCAUAUACACCAAAUUGUGUGACAAUGUAUUCAAAUCAUGGAACAUCAGGAACAACAUUACCAUUGCUACCAAUUAAAUCAUCAGACAAUGAUUUAUUUCCUGGAAGUGGUCCUGGUGGUGGCGGUGGUGGUAUUAAUAAUAAUGGUGGUAAUGGUAGUCCAAGUGGUGGUUAUCAUUAUGGAACGUGGACAUCUGGACCAACAACAACAACACCAGUACCAGUACCAUCACAUAAUUUUAAUCCAAAUUAUCAAGGUUAUUAUAAUAAUCCAAGUCAAAAUUAUAUAAGUCCACCACCAGUUGUAUUUUAUCCACAAUUAUAUAAUACUGUUAAUCAAAAUCAAAUACAUUUACAUGUACAUGGUGAUUUAAGUGAUGAACAAGUUACAAUUGCUGGUGGUAAUUUAACAAUAAAUAAUAAUAGAGUAGAAAUUGGUGUUGGGGUACUUGGUGAAGAAAAUGAACAGAGAAAUGAUGUUUGGCGACCUUAUUAA